AUGUUUUUUGAACAAGCUUGGAUGGAUAACAAUAUUUAUACUUGUAAUAUUAAUACUAAUACUAAUGAUAAUAAGAGAAAAAGUAAUCUCUCGUCAUGUUCGUUGUGGUUAGCAGUUAUUGUUUUAACAGUGACAAUAAGUGAGCAUGUGGUACCAGUUGGGUCCUCGCGAAUUAGCGGACUGUACGUGGAUAACGGACAGGACCAAACGGUUGUUCACAGGGUGCUGACCAAAAGGGAAAAACGAGACGUCGAGCACGAAAUAUUGAACUUGCUUGGGCUCCCGGACAGACCUCGCAGUGUUAUCGGUAAGGUACCGCAGGUGAAGAGGUCAGCGCCCAAGUUUCUGCUGGAUAUUUAUAAAAAUGCGCUUGGUGAAGACGAGGAUGGGAAACCGGUCGCAACGAGGCUACAUAAAACCGACGGGGAGUUCGACCUCACUGGCCAGGAUCUCAGGGCCAUCGACCAGAGCGAUGUCAUCAUGACAUUCGCUGCGCACAAUCAUCACGUUCCUGGUGUGCGGCACGAGCGUGGCAAAAGGCUGUGGUUCGACGUGUCUGAGGUGCCCCCCGGAGAGCACAUAAUAGGCGCCGAGCUACGACUCUAUCGUACAAUGGAAAUUAAACAUCGGAGAAAUCGCGGUUCACUUAUGGUCACGGUGUAUCGCGUUAUACGCGCUGAUGAGGGGAAGAAAGAAUUACAAUAUGUUGAUUCAGUCAACACGACUACUGGAAAGGAAGGUUGGCUAACGUUAAAUGUUAGCGCGGCACUUCAACACUGGGUAAAUAAUCCUGAAGGAAAUCGUGGGCUUUAUCUUUCCGUUCAUCCGGCAGAUCGGUCUGUGCAUGAAAUGAGGCCGGAAGACGUUGGCAUCGUUGGAUUUCGCGGCGAUGUCGACAAGCAACCGUUCAUGGUUGGAUUCUUCAAAAGCUCGGGGAUACGUGAGAAAAAAGUUCGGCAAAAACGUGACGCGAGGAGACGAAGGAAAAGUGAUGCUUCACCACUUGAUUAUCGCAAUCCGUAUACGGAUCCGACUAUUUAUAACAGUCGUACAUGCAGAAUUCAAACGCUGUAUGUUAGUUUCCGAGAUCUGCAAUGGCAGGAUUGGAUUAUAGCUCCGGAUGGAUACGAUGCUUAUUAUUGUAGCGGAGAUUGUAAUUUCCCAUUAAACGCUCAUAUGAAUGCUACGAAUCAUGCGAUAGUGCAGACUCUCGUCCAUUUAGUCAGCCCAGGAAAGGUCCCUAAACCUUGCUGCGCACCAACUAAACUUUCACCAAUUUCAGUUCUUUAUUUCGUCGAUGAGAGUAACGUCAUACUUAAAAAAUAUAAAAAUAUGGUCGUGAAAAGCUGUGGAUGCCAUUAG